AUGGCCGAAUGUUUUGAAAAACACUUCACCUCGGCCAGAAAUCAGCUGAUCCGGAUUGACACCGUUGUGUUUUGAACGGGCACCGCCGAGCAACCAUGUGCCUGUUGUCAUGGGUGCUAUCGCCUCCGUGCUACAGUGGCACUGCGUCGCGUGCAGCCUCAUAAAUCCGACCGAGCGUCCGAAAUGCAUACGCUGCGGCCGCCACAGACAGAACAAAGACGCGAACGGGGACGCUGAGGAGAACCAUUUUUUCGUGGAGAGCUGCACCGUCGUGAGGAGACUGCGCCCCCUCAAACAGAGAAACUCGACGGAGAUAAACAAACAGCCGCAACAUUCCGCAAGUCUGCCCAACCUCAACCUGUCUCCAUCCUAUUGUAGCGCCUGCAACCUCUCCUACACAUCCACAUCGGACACAUGCAUCCUGUGUGACAGCCCGUUAACUAUGAUGAACGUGGCCCGCUCUCCAUGCAAAAACUGCACGUACAUCUGCAAGUGCCAGAGGACGCUGUCCAACAUACAGAGCUACAGCUGCAACAUCGCCCAAAAGGACCAGAUAGAUGGUCAGCCGCCACCGAAUAUUCGCACGACGGCCAGCGGCAUAAACAGAGACACGAUCGGACACAAUUACAUGUGGACGGUGAACAGUGCAAUACCGACGGGCACGUGGACGUGCAAAAGGUGCACACUCCUCAACGGUCCCAGUUUCGUUGUUUGCGAGGCGUGCGAAUCUCCGUACUCGCCUGAUUUCAAUAGCAAUGUCAGUCCCAGUGUCAUAAUUAAGGUGGAUAAUUGGGCGGACAACGAGGCUCUGAGGAACGCGCCCGGAGGCGCCAAUCAGCCCCCGGGCGCCGGGUCGCUCGUCCUCAAUCCCUAUCGUCGCUCGUUGUCGGAAAUUUCUGGCCAGAAUGUGCACAUUCCGAACCUGAACAGGCGUAGCCUUGACACCGAGAUGCUGCAGGCGAACGCGACCGCCUAUCCGCCCAAAUCGAGCGCCUCGAUGACCGACAUACAGCACACGAUGGACUCGGUCGGCGGCAGAGUAAGGGGCAUAAACUUGAACAGGAGCGUGAGCGAUAUAACAGUAGGUGAGGGCGGCCCCGCUGGCGGCAACGAAACCCUCUACACAUACAUCGGAAUUUCGGAACCGGAACGCGCCCGUUCGAUGAACUUCUACGAAAACGACAGCGUAGUCAGCGACCACAAGAAGAACAUGGACUUCGACGCCGAACAGCACGAGAAAAUAAUGCAAGCUUUGAAACAGAGUAGCGGCGCCGCGACGACGUGGUCCCUGAACGAGAGACGUUGGACGUGCAGACAGUGUUCGUUCGCCUACAACCACUUUGACAGCGAGAAGUGCGUGAUCUGUCGCCACCACAGGGGUCAGCCCUCCCUCAACCAGCCCACCACGAUCACCGUGACCGAAGACCGAUCGAACUCCUCCUCCAUCACCGCCCUGCCUUUGGAACGUUUGAAUCUCCCAGUACCGAUCGCGACCCUCGACCAGGGCCUCGAGGACGACUUCCUGUUGCCUUCCACGUCGAUCGAUGAACCGGUCGAGGACCAGAAAUGGACGUGCAAGAAAUGCACCCUGGUCAACAGCGGCCGCUCGUUGAUCUGCGAGGCAUGUUGCGGAUCGAAACUGCGAUCGGUCACAUUGGGCGGAGACGCCACCCUACGAAAGGGCGAGUUUUGGACGUGCGGCAAAUGCACGCUGAAGAAUCCACUGAGCACGAGUGUCUGUAAGGCGUGCAAGGCGGAGAAGAUGUUGUUGGAGGUGCCGGUGCCGGCUAGAAGUCCCUCGCCCAGACACACACAGGGCGGCAGGAAGCACGUGUGCAAGACGGCCCAGUCCCGCAACCAUCACCACCACAACCAUCACCAUCACAACCACCACAACCAGAAGGCGGCCCAUCGUGCCUCCGGACUCGUGAUGAACUUGGCGUCGGAUGGGGACGGGGCGGCAGGACCGCCGUUUGGGGGUGCCGCCGCGGCCUGGCACUGUGCGGUCUGCACGUUCGAGAAUACCAAGUCCCAAGUUGUCUGUGAUAUGUGCGGCAGGCUGCGCGACGAUCCCAACGUGGCGAGCGGCAUGGUGCAGGGACGCGCCAACCCCCAACCGCCCGAGGAGCCCGCCCGACUGACUGAAGAAGAACUCGCGAAUAAACAUUGGAAUUAUAUUGUGAGGUAUUGUAAGUUAAAGAAACAGAGUUACAUAGACGACACGUUUCCGCCGCAGCCUAGCAGUUUGUAUUAUAAUCCCGGCGAGGUGAAGGACUCGCACACCGUUAAAUGGAAAAGACUGAGGGACAUAGUCGUCGACGAAGACGACGACCUGCCCUGGGCCGUGUUUCGUCGACCGCAGCCUUCCGAUAUCUCUCAAGGUGUUUUGGGAAACUGUUGGUUAUUGAGUGCCUUAGCGGUCCUGGCCGAACGCGAGGACCUGGUGCGGGCCGUGCUCGUGACCCGUGACUUCUGCCCUCAGGGUGUCUAUCAGGUGCGAUUGUGCAAGGACGGCCACUGGACUACGGUCCUCGUCGACGACUACUUCCCAUGUGAUAAACGCGGUCACCUCUUCUACUCGCAGGCGAAGCGAAAACAGUUGUGGGUGCCGCUGAUCGAGAAGGCAGUCGCCAAGAUACAUGGCUGUUACGAGGCGCUGGUGUCCGGACGAGCAAUCGAAGGUUUGGCUACGCUGACCGGGGCGCCGUGCGAGAGCAUUCCGCUGCAGGCGUCAUCGAUUCCUGCGCCUGCGGAGGAGGAAUUAGACACGGAUCUCAUUUGGGCACAGUUACUUUCGUCAAGACAAGCGUUGUUUUUGAUGGGAGCCUCCUGCGGUGGUGGCAAUAUGAAAGUGGACGAAGUAGAGUACCAUUCCAAAGGUUUAAGACCCCGUCACGCUUAUUCCUUGCUCGACGUCCGCGAUUUGGACGGUAAUCGCCUGUUAAAACUGCGCAAUCCCUGGGGACACUUCGUUUGGAAGGGCGACUGGAGCGACAGCUCCGAAUUAUGGACCAGACGGCUAAGACAGGAGUUAAUACCGGACGGUUCGGAAGAUGGAACGUUCUGGAUCUCGUUCCCGGAUGUUUUAAAGUACUUCGACUGCAUUGAUAUUUGUAAAGUUCGCAACGGUUGGAGCGAAGUUCGACUGACCGGAAUACUGCCACCUCAAGCUUCGCAGAAGCACCUAUCUUGUAUCCUGCUCACGGUUCUCGAACCUACCGAAGUCGAUUUUACACUAUUUCAAGAGGGACAGAGGAAGUCGGAAAAAUCCCAGCGUUCGCAGCUGGAUCUUUGUGUUGUACUCUUUAAGGCCAGAAACGGCUCUAACAUCGGCAGUUUGGUGGAACAUAGCAAAAGACAGGUUCGUGGUUUCGUAGGUUGCAACAAAAUGUUAGAAGCCGGCGAAUAUAUUGUCGCGCCCCUCGCCUUCAACCACUGGCACACGGGGUUGGAAGAUCUCACACAAUUUCCUAGAUAUGUGCUGGCGAUCCACAGCUCGAAAAAGAUUUUAGCUGAUCAGAUGACGCCCCCAGGUGGAAUAUUAGCAGAUGCUAUUAUCUCAUUAACUUUAGCAAGAGGCCAAAGACAUGAGGGAAGAGAAGGUAUGACCGCCUAUUAUUUAACUAAAGGGUGGGCAGGUUUAGUCGUUAUGGUAGAAAAUAGGCACGAAAACAAGUGGAUACAUGUCAAGUGCGAUUGUCAAGAGAGCUACAACGUCGUUUCAACAAGGGGCACGCUCAAAACAGUCGAUUCUGUUCCCCCUCUUACAAGACAGGUCAUCAUAGUUCUGACCCAGUUGGAGGGAAGCGGAGGAUUUUCGAUAGCACACAGAUUAACGCACCGUCUGGCCACACAACAAGGAUUGCACGAUUGGGGUACACCGGGAACGAGUCACAAUCCUGAACUGGACCAUCUGACUAGUGGGCUGCACAGUCCUAGACUGUUCUAGCCUCGAAUGCCCGAAUCAGUACUGGCCUCUCCUGCGACCGAUGAAUUAGGAGUCUCAUUUCUGAGUUUGUUAUAAAACUUGUAUGUUGUGUUUGUUAAUUAUAUUAUUACUUGUUCACGGACGAAGGAGAUGGUCGCUCGUUCAGAUCAGAAUCUCUAUAUUUUUCCAUGGAAUUACGACUUUCAAGUUGAAUCUCUCAGGCCUAGGAGUGUGUGUGAAAUGUUUUCUGUCGGCAGCAACACGAAUUUUACAUAUCCGAAAUGAUUUUACGUUAUAUUUAUUUGUUUGUUUAUUUAUCAGAAAUCCUUUUACAUCAAUCCUAAGGCAUAAAUAUUCAAAGAUAUUUAGAUUGACUAUUUUAAACGAUUCGAAUUUGUGUAUUAUUUUAUUUUAUAAUUUAAGUUUUAUAUUUUUAUUAUUGUAUUAAAUUGUACUGUAGUCUUAAGUUAAUAGUUUCGCAAAGCUAGCAUUUUAAUUAAAAACACUACAGAACAAUUUAAUAAGAAAUCGUCAACACGAAUUUUAUACAUGA